UUCUUUCCCAUUCAAAAAACCGCCGAAUCCAAAAUAAUUAAAAAAAAAGAAAAAAAAACCAUAGCGUCCCCUAACCCACCGUGCGAGGUCCCUCGACCUCCGCACAGCCAGGGUAUUAUUAUGUCUGACACUCACGCGCCGUCGUCUCCUCCUCCUUCCUUUCUCUUCCACCGUCCACCUUUGUUCAAACAGGGAUUUUCUUCUCCGCUUCUGAAGCAGAAAUCGUGGUCGCCGGAUCUUUAUCGCGACGAGGCCUGGCUUCGACGGAAAGGAAACUGGAAGAAUCGGAGAAGCAAAAGCGUGACGGAUGAAGAUGUUGAUGAACUCAAAGCCUGCAUUGAGUUAGGAUUCGGAUUCGAAUCUUCUCCAGAAGUUGAAACCGAUCGGAGACUUGUAGAUACUUUACCAGCUCUUGAACUCUAUCACGCCGUCAAUAAAAGUUACAACGAUUCUCGUAACCCUAAACCUGUCACCACCACCGUAACUACUCCAUCUUCCUCCGCUGCAUCCGAUCGUGACGGCACUCCUUCUCCUCACGGUAGUCCUCACAACGCCAUCUUCGGCAACGAUGAUGAUCCACAAUUGGUGAAGACAAGGUUGAGACAGUGGGCGCAGGUUGUUGCUUGUGCGGUUCGUCAAAGUUCAAGCUGAAUGAUGAUGAUGAUUGACAAUCAUGAUGAUGAUGAAUGGGUGAUAAUUGAAGAUUAAUCGGAGAAAAACUAAACCAUGGUUAUUAACUUAACCAUAUUGUGAUAUAAAUGACAAAAUUGGAGUACCAAACCGAACCGGCCACGAGGCUUAGGUUAACAAACCCAGAUUGGUUCGGUACAAAAAGUAGUUGCUGUUAUUAUUGAUAUUAUGUUUCUGUCGGUAGCUUUGUUUUUAGUUUUGUACUGUUGUUGUCCAAAAUAUAACUGUGGUAGAUUUUUAUAUUGUAGUAUAGUAUAAUGUUUUA